UAUUGCCCCCCCUCCGAAGCGAAGCGCGCAGGAGAAAAGCUCGUCGCGGACCUUCUGGCACGAGACAAUAAUAAGAAAAGAGAUAAGACGAACACGGACGCGCAGAAUAAGGAUGGUGCGCAGCGAAAGGGCGCAGAGGGACGCGCUGGCCGGGUGCGGGGGCUCUGAGGACCCGCAGCGCUUCGCAGGGAUGCCCGGGUGUCCUUUCAAUGACGUCUUCAGCGCCGUGGAGCCCGGCGUGGAACCCGCCGUUGACCGGCUCGGCACCUUCCUGCGGAACGUGCAGGUCCUGCUCGAGGCCGCGGACUUCAUAGAGAACAGCGAUAGGAGGGACGGCAAGUGUGAGCACGGCUACGCGUCCUCGUUCCCCUCCGUGCAGAGCGCGAGCCUCCUGAGACACCCGCGUAAACUGCGCAGUAAGAGGCACAGUGGCGGGGGCAGCACACACAGCAGGUCCACACACAAUGAGCUAGAGAAGAACAGACGAGCUCACCUGCGACUGUGUCUGGAGCGACUGAAGACACUUAUACCACUGGGACCAGACUGCAACCGGCACACGACCCUGGGACUACUGAACAAAGCCAAAGCACACAUUAAGAAACUUGAAGAGAUGGAGCGGAAGAGCCGACACCAGCUGGAGCACCUAGAGCGGGAACAGAGGCACCUGCAGAGGCAGCUGGACCUGCUGCAGGGCGACACAGAGAGGACGCGCAUCAACAGCGUGGGCUCGGCCCUGUGCUCCGACCGCUCCGACUCGGACCAAGAGGAGAUCGAGGUGGACGUGGAAAGCACCGAAUUCUCCAACGGAGAGAUGGACAGUGCGAGCACAGCCAGCACGAGCGACCUGGACGACCACAGCAGCCUGCAGAGUGUGGCCAGCGACGAAGGCUACUCCAGCUGCAGCAUCAAACUCGCCUUUUCCUCCUCCUCCUAGAAGGCCCCCCCGGCUCAGCCCCACACCUCCGACAACCCCGCCAGCGGGGCAGCCUUUGGAGGAGAGUCGCGUCCACAGCCCGGGGACGUCCAAGCCAAGCAGAACCCAUCCCCUACAUCGCGCAGCGUGACCACAACACAACCAGCUUCACACCCUCCUUUGACCAUCCCUGCUGAACCGGGCCUUUGUGACACCAACCAGUCGGAUUUUUGCAGCUUUGCCACCCUUCUUCAUUUUGUCUUUAAGCAGCGCAGGGGCAGUGGCAAGGAUUUUUUUUUAAGCAGCAGUUUGGGUUCUUUCAUUUUUCAAAUUCAUGAAUUAGUCUUUAGAGCUUAUGCAAAACAUCGUUUGCAUGUUUAUUUUUGAACCAUUUGGUUUAACUAUCAAUCUGAAAAAACUAAGAAAACAGUACAAUCUUCAGAAUUGUGCAUAUGUGGAAGAAAACCCCUCAUUUUCAUGUGAAAUGAGGCAUGAGAUUGUUUUUAAAAAAAAAUCUAGUUUAAUUUGAAUCAUGUUUCUGGAUUAAAACUUUCUUGGUAUGCAAGAAUUUGAAUCCAAAUGGGAUCUGAACUCGGUUUUUUGAGCCGGUCAUCAGCGCCACAUCCCGUUCUGCUGAAAAAGGAACCGAAAUUCGACACGUAGUUUGUGGGAACACGGCUCAGCUUUGCCAUGUCGACACACCUUGGCUCUUGAGCCUGGUUUCAUUAGUUAAAUCGGUGCUCGGAAGCGAGAGGAACCGGUGCUACGCGGAACACGCCCAGCCGAGCAGAUCGAGAAGCGUCUGGAGCGGCUGUUCUGCGACAUCUCAUCUGAGUCGAGAAGGAAGACAGAUACACACACACACUUCCCAUUAAAAUGGGUUGUUUGGUGCAUUGAAUUGCUGGAACCGGGUAACGCGGGUUCGAGCACGCAGCUACCAUAAGCAGAGCCAGUGCCACGAGACCUUGUCCAGCAGGCGUCCCUCCUAGCAGUGCGUCCGAAGCAAUAACACUUGUAGUCAUUUUGUCUUGACGACUUUGGCUCUUUUUCCCUUUACUAGAGGCACGCGGCUGUGUCCGUCCAUCCGUCCAACAGCAAAGUGAACUUGCUCGUUUUGUACAUACUUUAAAAAAAAAAAAAAAAAAUUUAAAAAAAAUUUAAAAAAUAGUUUAAUAAAUUUAAAAAAAGGAGAAAAAUCAGUAGUACCCAUGGAUAGAAGUGUUGCCUCUUUUGCCGUUUGUCUUGUUUGUGCAUUUUUAAAUUAUAUUUUUGGAAAGAUUUAUUCUCUUGAGAGUGACAGUCUGUGGCACGGGCAAUAUUUUACUUAGGUAAUUUUGCCGGUUGAAGCGUUCGUCAGUUACAGUCACACUUUCUGUAAUUGCCAUAAAGGAGGAGUAACGCCUCAGUCGAAGACGUAGCACGAGGAAGAAAAUGCUAGAAAAGGACUUUUAUUGAUCACUGCAGAAUUUGAGUGGCACUCGUAUUUAUUACACUUUUUUGUUUGCUUUCAUUUCCAAGAGGAGAAGCAUUCCACUAGUUGUACCUUGCAGCUUGAGGUUUCCCAAAAUGCACUCGUGGCUUUCCUUACUUCCCCUCCCCUCCUUUGAGUUCAACGUGCAGCCGAUGCGUUCUGUCGUGUGUGGAAGAGACUUCACCAGAUUUGGGGUUUUUUUAAUGAGAAUUUUUUUAAAUGAGUAUUUAUUUAACUCAUACCCCUUUACAGAGCAUUGCUCAAAACAGAUUAACUUAUUUUCCUGUUUGUUUUCAUUUGUCCGUAACACUUAAUUUUCACUGUUAAUGAAUUGGAAUAAUGUAGGCAUUUUUUUUUUCCUCCUAUAAUAAUGUGUUGCUGAUGUGACAGACCUUUGAAAUGUCUCCCCAAGCGAAUCUCACAGCCGCCCUUUCGGACAGGCCUCAUUUCGGGCCGUGACUGAGCACAGAUGGGUGGGAUCGUUGGCGGACUCUUCUAGAACAAUGGGCCUCCACUAACUCGUGGAAACCGACCGUCGUCCUGCUCAGGGUGCAGGAGUUACAUGAUCCCUCAUCAACACAGUAAGACGAGAGACUUUGGUGCCCUGUUGCGAUGAUUACCUUGAAAACAUCUCUUUGGACUGUUACGAUUAUUGAUUUUGAUUGGAAAUAAUUUUCCAUGUUGAAUGAAGCUUUUUUUGAUAGUAACCCAAAUUAUUAUUAUUUGUUAUUUAGCUGAUGCCUUUGUCCAAGGUGACUUAAAAGGACAGUGCUAUAGUGUGCUCAGGCCUCUUCCCACACAGUCCAUUGUUUUUGGGCAGAUUUCCUUUGUUUCCCAUGUAUAAUUUGUCAUUUGGAAUUUUAUUUUUUCUUUUAUCAAAUGCACUAUGAGAACAACCUGUUUUAAAGAAGCGUUGUUCUGAUGGUUCCCUCAGCACCGUGUCUAUGUCUUGGAGCCUCCUCGGCCCAGUAUCAGUUACCGUGUUACUGUGGCAUGAGCUUUGGGAUAUAGACGCUGGCAGAGGAGGUUGGGUCGCUGAAAUAAAUCUUUUCCACUCCUGACUCCUCUCUCUGCUCUCCUUGUCGCUCGCAUAUCGGCAGCUCCACUUCUCCUGCGCCGUUGCUCCGCAAACCUAACGGCACUCAGAAUUACUCCUUCGUACUUCCGUCCAUGCAUUUAAGUUGCGGUACAAAAUGAAAAUGCGGAAGUAUUUUCAGUGUAGUCUGCUGCGUUUCCAGGACUGUACACUGCUAAUAUCUUCCAGCAUGUUGUCAUGGGACAUUCAUGGGCUGAGCACCCCGGGCCG